AAAAUCCCCCGGAAACGUCAAAGUCUGGCAGCAUUCGAGGUAAAGGACCGUUGAAGCGAAUCGGAAAUGUCCUGGAAGCAACACGUCGACCGCGAGGCGACCAUCAUGAAAAUGAUCAAGGACGAUCUGCUGAGAUGGACCUGCGAGAGACACGCCACCGACUGUCCCCUUGACAGGCAUCUUCUACGUGACAAGGCCCUCGAAUUGGCUAGCAAACACGGACUGGCAGACUUUAAUUGUUCCGAAAAAUGGCUGUCGUCUUUCCUAAAAAAAUACGGUCUCUCGUUGAAUUUGAAGGAAUUUUCUGGGUCAAUCUUCAACAAUUACCGACUUUGGAUCGACAUGAUGCGAUCUGUCAUUACGCAAUAUAAGCACAAAGAUCUCCUCCAUGUAGAUGAGUUAACGAUGUACUCCGACGUUUCGCCUGAGAUCUUGGCGUCAACAAUACAACAAAAUGUGCCUGAUACGACUCUAAAGAAGACGACGGCAUUGUUAUGCUGUAACGCUUCCGGUACCGAGAAGCUACCAUUAUUGAUCUGCGGUUCUUAUCCAGCCCUGAUAACUGGCCCUGAUCACGUAUAUGCUCACAGCGAAGAUGCUUCGAUAAACGACGGUCUCUUUAGGGAAUGGUUGACCCGAUUGAACCGUUGUAUGUCGAGUAACGAUCGCAGGAUCCUGUUGCUGCUGCAGAGGAAUCGCAUUGGUGCCUUUCGAGAUCUUGAACUAAGCCACAUUAGGCACAUCUUCUUCCCCGACAACUUCCCGCCAUUGUUGAGACCGCUGAAAAGGGAUAUCUUCCAUUUCGUCAAAAUGGCUUACAGAAAAAGGUAUGUGGAAGGAAUCAGAGAACGCAGACGCCAAUGGAACGCCGAGAACGUAGUGAGAAGUUUGGUGGAAGCGUGGCGGGAAGUUCCGCGGGAUCUCAUUAUCGCCAGUUUUCAACGAACCGGCUUUCGAACUGACGAUUGUUUCCUGGAAAUCCAUUGCAAUGCAUGGAAGGAUUUGGAAACAGGUAUAUCUUUUAGGAAAUUUGUCACGUUCGACGACAAUCUCUCGACAAGGACAUCGCGUAAACAACACGUGUCUAACGACAAGAAUCAUAGUUACAAUCUCAGAGCUAGAAAAACCGUCAAAUUAAUUGACGACCAGCAGAAUUUCACGAGAAUUGAUUCGAGAGAAAAGGAUCUGAUCGUUGAUCACGCAGAGAUAAAUAUAAAUUUGCGAGAGAUCUACGUGGAAAGAGAUGUUGAUUGGAAGAGGAAGAACCCGUUGAAGAGAUCGCAUGACGAGGCUCAAUUAGACGAAGACCUUUAUAAAGAGGCAAAGUCGAGUGAUGAAUCAACGUCGAGAGAAAACGAAGAUAACGUCGUUAUUUCAACGUCGACGAAGGUCAUCGACAUUCAGACGAUUGAAGAUGUACCUCAGAGUAGUUUUAAAUCCGAUGACGUUCACUCGAUGCAAAUGAGCGUGAACGAGUCGAGGACAGACGCGGAAUACGAUUGUAAGCUUGAUAAAACGGUAAGCAAUGAGGAGAGACGUAAAAAUAGCCAAGCAUUGAGCAACGAGCGAUCGAUCAGAUCUCUAUCGAAGAUCAACAAUGCGAAUGGGAACGCGUCGCAACAAGUGUUCGACGAUACGUCUGCUGAAGAUUCUGAUACGAAGGAGUCAAACAGGGGGGUGGUUUCCUGCGCUACCCCGAGAGACGAGAUCGAGUCGGCCGAUUUAGACGGAAAUGUCGGGCAUUCCCCGCAGAGAUCAUUGAAAAGGCGACGCUCGCGUUUUCUCGAUGCCGAGGAAUCCGGGAACAAUUCUAACGAUGGUGAAUCAGAGCAAAAAAGAUCGAAAUCCGAUAGCAAUUGGACAAGACAGUACGAGACGAGAUUCGUCUUCGGUCCGUCUGACUUGGCGCGAACUGUAACUACUGUUUCCGCCGAGAUACAUAGUGAUAAUGGCGUGUCACAACAGAGACCGAGGCCCACGUGCGAGACGGAGAGGAGUAUCUUCACUAUAAGGCCCAGAAGAGAUUAGAGAUAUAAUCAUAACAGUAGCUUUCAUUUCGGGGAAGACACAAUGGAUCUUAAAAGAAUUUAAAUCACGGAGGAUUGUGUGCAACCGAACAUCCAAUCAUGUAUAGAAAUCAAGUCUCAAAAAUAACAAAAGUUAAUUCGAACUAUCGCUACAAACUUUCAUAACGUUUCUCACCGAUGAUCGCACUAAUGUAAACGAUGAUUUGUUAAUUGCGAUUAAUAACGAACCAAUUAAUCACAAUUAUUACGAAAUAAACUUUUGAACAAAGAAACUCUUGAGUAAUUAUUAUUGCAAACAUAAUACAGCAUACGUUAUAUAGAGAAAGAGAGAAAUCUAUUCGCAUAAACUCGCGUUUUCUCGCGUUAUCGCAAUCGAGCGAGCAAUACGGAACUUACAGUUUGAACGAAAGUUAAUAGUUUUCCCGGUAAUUCGCAAAAUCGUGUCCCCAUCCACGUGGAAAAUUACAUAGCCUCGGAAACAUCAAUUCAGACUCGAGUCUCCAUUGUGCGCUUCCGCCGGAUUUCUUCGCCGGAUGCAAUUUUCCCGGAUCGCGUUUCCGUAUGAAACAAAGUUGCGUUCCCGUCCAGAGAUUCGUAAUAGACUUGGAGGAACGCGAUUCCCGGACGACGUCUCCAACU